GCCCUCGUAGGAGCACAGGGUGGAACCGCGCCGCCCUCGGGCACUCGGAGCGGGCGGGGCGGGCCUUGGCUCCGGGCACUCGGAGGCCUGGCACCGUGGGCCGGGUGCUGGCUGUGCCACGCAGCCGCAGAGGCUCUGUCCCGCCAGCCAGCGGCAGGAAGGGAGGGGACGCCCCCCGGAUCGCGGCAGGAACCCGGCCCGGCCCGCCUCCCCGCCGGCGGAGCCGUGAGGGCCCCAGAAGUGAUGAAAGCCGCGGCCGAGUCCAGGUCACGCCGAAGCCGUUGCCCUUUUAAGGGGGAGCCUUGAAACAGCGCCCGGGUUCCAUGUUUGCAUCCGCCUCGCGGGGAGGAAACUCCAUGUUGUAACAAAGUUUCCUCCGCGCCCCCUCCCUCCCCCUCCCCCUUAGAACCUGGCUCCCCUCCCCUCCAAAGCUCGCGGGGAUCCCUCCCUCCCACCCCUCCCCUCCCCCCCGCGCCCCGAUUCCGGCCCGAGCCGGGGGGGAGGCCGGGCACCCGGGCCAGAGUCCGGCCGGAGCGGAGCGCGCCCGGCCCCAUGGACAGCUCGGCCGUCAUUACUCAGAUCAGCAAGGAGGAGGCGCGGGGCCCGCUGCGGGGCAAAGGUGACCAGAAGUCAGCGGCUUCCCAGAAGCCCCGGAGCCGGGGCAUCCUCCACUCACUCUUCUGCUGUGUCUGCCGGGAUGAUGGGGAGGCCCUGCAGGCCCAUAGCGGGGCACCCCUGCUCGUGGAGGAGAAUGGCGCCAUCCCUAAGCAGACCCCAGUUCAGUACCUGCUCCCUGAGGCCAAGGCCCAGGACUCGGACAAGAUCUGCGUGGUCAUCGACCUGGACGAGACCUUGGUGCACAGCUCCUUCAAGCCAGUGAACAACGCUGACUUCAUCAUCCCAGUGGAGAUUGAUGGGGUGGUCCACCAGGUCUAUGUGCUGAAGCGGCCCCACGUCGACGAGUUCCUGCAGCGAAUGGGCGAGCUCUUCGAGUGUGUGCUGUUCACUGCCAGCCUAGCCAAGUAUGCAGACCCAGUAGCUGAUCUGCUGGACAAAUGGGGGGCCUUCCGAGCCCGGCUGUUUCGAGAGUCCUGCGUCUUCCACCGGGGGAACUACGUGAAGGACCUGAGCCGGCUGGGACGAGACCUUCGGCGGGUGCUCAUCCUGGACAACUCGCCUGCCUCUUAUGUCUUCCAUCCAGACAAUGCUGUACCAGUGGCCUCGUGGUUUGACAACAUGAGUGACACCGAACUCCAUGACCUCCUCCCCUUCUUUGAGCAACUCAGCCGCGUGGAUGAUGUCUACUCAGUGCUCAGGCAGCCGAGGCCCGGGAGCUAGUGAGGUGCCACGGGGCCUGGACCUGCCCCUGACUGAAGCCCACACUUCCUCCCACGGAGACUCUGGGCACCUGCCCGAGAGCUCUUAAGAAAACCCACGAGCUGUGCCCAUUGGUGGCCCUGGGGAAGCAGGUGUCUUCCCCAGCAGCCCUGCCAGGCUGUACCGAGGACUGUAAACCCCUGGUUCCCUGUGUCAGUGCCUUCGAACCUCCUCCCCACUUUUCAGGGGACCUGGGGGCCCUGCCUGCUGCUCCCCUUUUCUGUCCCCUCUCUUCAUGCUGCCAUGUUUCUCUGCUGCCAAAUUGGGCUCCUUAGCCCCAGUUCUGCUUUUGGGGUGGGGGCAGGAUUUCUGUCAUCCCAUACCUUGGAGCCCCAGCCUGGGAACAGUGGACACCAAGUGCCUUUCAUAGAGCCCCAUCUUGCCCACUCAGCUUUCCCAGGGGCGCGGCUACCAUCAUCAGCUCCUGCCUGGACUGGCCUGCAGGUUGCUGAGGUCUAGGCUGGUCCAGGGGAACCAGUCUCUUCUCACCCCCACGCCUCCCUUGGAACUGACAGAGCCCCCACCAGUUCCUGUGUAGGCAGGGGAGGGCCUGGAGGGAAGAACCUCUUACCCCUUGUGAAGGGAGCAAGGGUCUUUCCUUCAGGACCCCACAGUCCAGCUUCUCCAAGGCUGAUGGCUGCUCCUUAUGUCACCCAAGCUGUGACCCCUUCCUUCUGCCUUAAUUACCCCAAGGCCCUGGAGCUUGGCUCCCUGUUUCUGAGUAUCGGGACAUAGGCAGGACCCCCUUGUGGUGCCAUAUAAAUAUGUAUAUGUGUAUAUAGAUUUUUAAGGGAUGGAGAGAGGGAAGGGUGGGCAUAGAGACACCCUCCCUUGCCCCUUUCCUGGGCCCAGAAAUUGGGGGGAGGGAGGGAAAGGAUUUUUACAUUUUUUAAACUGCUAUUUUCUGAAUGGAACAAGCUGGGCCAAGGGGCCCCAGGCCCUGUUCCCUGUCCUUCACAGCCCUUUUGCUCCGUUCGUUCAAAAUACACUUAUUGAGCACCUUGUGUGCCCAGCAAUAUGCUAGGCCACCAGCUAAGUGGGGGGUCUCCACCCCUAACUGGUGCCUUCUCCACCCACCCCAGACUUCACCAGUGCCUUUGGGGUAUCUGCAGGAGAUGGAAACUUCUUGUGAGGUUUGGGGGGUCUCCAGGAAGCUGGGCCAAGCUGUCCCUGUCCCCUGUGCCAACCCACCCACUGCAGCCUCCUCCCUUGCCCCCUGCUGGCUGGGGGAAGCUCCCAGAAUGUCUGCCUUCCAACUCUAACUUGUUUCUGAAACUCUUCCCCACACUUGCUGAGUCAGGAGGUCAAGGCCUUGGGCUCUCCCCGGGGUCGAACGGUUAAGUGGACCCACAAACCAGUGCCAAGGGAGUUGGUGGGGGGAGGGAGGAUAUGGUUGACCUGAAAAGGGUGACCUUCGCAUUUAGUGCCUUCUUGGUGACCCAGAGCCUCACAGUGUAACAAGAACUAAAGAGAAAGCCAGACCCCCCCUA